CAGGGCAGAUGUUUCUGGACCAGAUGAAGCCUGAGGAGCCUUUCCAGCUGUAAAAUAAUAGGCUAGGAAGCCUUCUAAGUGUGGAUUGGCAGAAGACUUGCCCCGCCUCUCCACACAAUGUCAGGAAACCACAUACCUUCUGCCAGUGGCCCCUUCUCAGCCCUGACUCCGAGCAUGUGGCCCCAGGAGAUCUUGGCCAAGUACACGCAGAAGGAAGAGUCAGGGGAACAACCAGAGUUCUGCUACGAUGAGUUUGGUUUCCGCGUGGACAAGGAAGACGGUGCCAACCCCAGCUGCAGCAGGCUGCCAGGCGUGUCUCUGUUGGAGGACCCUCCACAGAGGCUGCGGUGGCAGGCCCACCUGGAGUUCACCCAUAACCACGACGUGGGGGAUCUCACCUGGGACAAGAUUGCUGUCUCUCUGCCCCGCUCGGAGAAGCUUCGCUCCCUGGUGCUGGCCGGCAUCCCACACAGCAUGAGGCCACAGCUGUGGAUGCGGCUCUCCGGGGCCCUGCAGAAGAAGAGGAAUUCUGAGCUGUCCUACCGAGAGGUGGUGAAGAACAGCUCCAAUGAUGAGACCAUUGCUGCCAAACAGAUUGAGAAGGACCUGCUCCGUACCAUGCCCAGCAACGCCUGCUUCGCCAACGUGGGCAGCGUCGGGGUGCCCCGCCUGCGCAGGGUUCUCCGCGCCCUGGCCUGGCUCUACCCAGAGAUCGGCUACUGCCAGGGCACAGGCAUGGUGGCUGCCUGCCUCCUGCUGUUCCUAGAGGAGGAGGAUGCUUUCUGGAUGAUGUGCGCCAUCAUCGAGGACCUGCUCCCUGCCUCCUACUUCAGCACCACUCUGCUGGGCGUCCAGACAGACCAGCGGGUCCUGCGCCACCUCAUCGUCCAGUACCUGCCCCGUUUGGACAAGCUGCUCCAGGAGCAUGACAUUGAGCUGUCCCUCAUCACGCUGCACUGGUUCCUCACGGCCUUCGCCAGCGUGGUGCACAUCAAGCUGCUGCUGCGCCUCUGGGACCUGUUUUUCUACGAGGGCUCCCUGGUGCUGUUCCAGACCACGCUGGGCAUGCUGCGGCUCAAGGAGGAGGAGCUGAUCCAGUCCGAGAACUCGGCCUCCAUCUUCAACACGCUGUCAGACAUACCUUCACAGAUCGCCGACGCGGAGCUGCUGCUGGGGGAGGCCAUGCGGCUGGCCGGCUCCCUCACGGACGUGGCUGUGGAGACACAGCGCCGCAAGCACCUGGCCUACCUCAUUGCAGACCAGGGCCAGCUCCUGGGGACCAGUGCCACCACCAACCUCUCGCAGGUCGUGCGUCGCAGGACCCAGCGGAGGAAGUCUGGCAUCACCUCCCUGCUCUUUGGGGAGGACGACCUGGAGGCGCUCAAGGCCAAGAACAUCAAGCAGACAGAACUGGUAGCUGACCUCCGGGAAGCCAUCCUGCGCGUCGCACGCCAUUUCCAGUGCACAGACCCCAAAAACUGUAGCGUGGAGCUGAGCCCGGACUACAGCAUGGAGAGCCACCAGCGGGACCACGAGAACUACGUGGCGUGCUCACGUGGCCACCGGCGCCGGGCCAAGGCCCUGCUGGACUUCGAGCGGCAUGACGACGACGAGCUGGGCUUCCGCAGGAACGACAUCAUCACGAUCAUCUCCCAGAAGGACGAGCACUGCUGGGUCGGGGAGCUGAACGGCCUGAGAGGCUGGUUUCCAGCCAAGUUUGUGGAAGUCCUGGACGAACGGAGUAAAGAGUACUCCAUCGCGGGGGACGACACUGUGACAGAGGGGGUCACGGACCUCGUUCGAGGGACCCUCUGCCCGGCUCUCAAGGCCCUGUUUGAACAUGGGCUGAAGAAGCCCUCCCUGCUUGGGGGCGCCUGCCACCCAUGGUUGUUUAUCGAGGAGGCAGCAGGCCGGGAGGUAGAGAGAGACUUUGACUCCGUGUACUCGCGCCUGGUGCUGUGUAAGACGUACAGGUUGGACGAGGAUGGCAAAGUCCUGACCCCGGAGGAGCUGCUCUACCGGGCUGUGCAGUCCGUGAACGUGACCCAUGAUGCUGCACACGCACAAAUGGACGUCAAGCUCCGGUCCCUCAUCUGCGUGGGGCUCAACGAGCAGGUCUUGCACCUGUGGCUUGAGGUGCUCUGCUCCAGCCUGCCUACUGUGGAGAAGUGGUACCAGCCCUGGUCCUUCCUGCGCAGCCCUGGCUGGGUCCAGAUCAAAUGUGAGCUCCGCGUCCUCUGCUGCUUCGCCUUCAGCCUCUCCCAGGACUGGGAACUUCCUGUGAAGAGAGAGGAGGAGAAGAAGCCACUGAAGGAGGGUGUUCAGGACAUGCUAGUGAAGCACCACCUGUUCAGCUGGGACAUAGACGGGUGAUGCUCUGCCUCCAGCGGCCCCGUCAAGCCCAGGCCUCCCCC